CCUCUCUGAAUACCUGAAACUUUCAUUCCUCUAAACCCUAGAAAAAGGGAAUUAGGAGAUGGAGUUCUUGUCAGGGUUGAAGGACAACGUACAGUACGACGUCGUUGAAGAGAAGUCCCAUAGCUUAAGGUACGUGCCAUGGAUGAAUUGGGAUGAGUGGAAGUUCGUCAAGGAUUCCCUUUUCUCCGCCUCCUCUAGUUCAGUUGCCUCUGCUCUCCGCAUAAUAUCGACGUGGCAAAUCAGAGGGGGCAUUCAUGUGGCCAUUGAAGUUACUGCUUCCUUGGUUGAAAUUCAGCAGAGAGAUCCUUUUUUUAGAAAUGACUUGGAUGAAAGGGCUUGUCUGUCGGAGGAAAUGCUGGCAAUGCUAUACACCAUGGCAAUCAUUAGGCUUGUUAAUGGUGUUCUUGAGAAGACCCGAAAAAAGAAUGAAGUUUCAAUCGGGGAAGCAGCUGAUGCCAUUGGCAUUCCGAGAAUGCUUAUCGAUAUUCGUCAUGAGGGUUCUCAUCGUGAUCCUCCUUCACUUAUCGUGGUCCGUCUUGCAUCACAAAAGGCAAUUGAUUGGUUGAUAUCAUAUUAUUGGGAACCUCAAGAAAAGGAAAUUCCUAUUCAAACGAACCAAACUUCCAAUCUCAGGAAAGAAAUCAAGCGCAGAUUACGCGAAGUUUCUCUCUGUCUUAAAGCGAAACAGACAGCGAGUUCUUCACAUGUCAAUGCAAAACGUGUUAGACAAACAGAACACUUAUUUGGGCGUAAUAAGCUUCUAUCUCUUGUAGCUGGGAAGGCAUCACAUUCCAACUCCGCAAGUUCAAAGAAGCAUCUCUCCAAAUCAAUGAAGAGUACCCUCCGAUUGUAUUCUUCGUUUUCUACCGAAGUAAUCUAUCUUCUGCUCGAAUACUUGCUAAACGCUUUAGAGAACUCGGUCGAUUCACAAAUUGUUCAUGACAGUGAUAAUAAGCAAACUGCAUUUGAUGACUGGAAAUCCGUCGUUUUGAAAUUGUCACGCAAAGAGCCAGAAUUACUUUUAUUACUCACACAGGCAGUUCUCGAGAAGAUGGAGACUAGUAAUACCAUUAAUAAUGAAAUAGAUGACCAUCAAUCUCCUGAUAAUUCCACCAAACCUCAUCGAAACGAACUACUUCCAUGUUUAUUUGAAUGGCUUGUCCAAAAUCUGAAGACGUCGUAUCCUGUUAGUAAAAAGAAAGAAUCUGCAGAAAUCAAAAGUUCCAAGACGGAGAAAUAUCUGCCGAAGGAAACUGUACUUGGUUUAGUACGUAGAUGUCUUUUGUUAUCCUAUCCUGGUAAGAACCGAUUAAUGAGCUCGGCCGUUACUCUUGCACAGCUGUCUGGUGACGCCACUCUACUCCAAAAACUCAAGAAGUUUGCUAUUUUAGAGCAGCUAUCAAUUUCAGAAGCAAACACGGAAAUUUCUUGUACCGAGACCCUUUUUUCCGAGCAAGAAUACUCCAUUCGUAAAGCUGAAGAGAAGUUCGAGUUAAUGAUGAGACAGCAUCGAAUGCAGAAGAAAAACGAAAAACCAAAUCUAUCUGAAAGCAGAUGGAGUGUGAUAAAAUCAUGGAAUUCAUGUCCCAUGGGCAUGCUACCUCACUCCGUUGGCUUUUCGGGCCGGUUUUCGUCCGUGGGCCUUAUUGAUGAUGUAUGCGAAGAAGUAGUGACAUCAUCGGACAACAAAGGAGAUUGUGUGGUGAAUAAUCUUGGUAAAAGAGAAGCUGAGAUUUGCACUGCAGAAAUGGAUGACACGCGCGUUAAAAGAUUGGAGAUUGUGGCAGAAGAUUGUGUCAUGCAGGAUCAGGAUGAUGUCAGCGAAGAAGAAGGUACGAAAGGCUGUCUGGUCAUCGAUGGGGUGUGGAAGAAAGUUGGAGAGGAAGAGCUUUCUGCCAUUGCAUCAGCUAUUCGGGUAUUAGUUUAACAAUUUUUGACUACUCAUCUUUUUAUAAUUCCAACUGAAUAAACAGAAAUGCGCCGAGCAUAUAUUUAUCAUCUCGAAAUUCAUCGUUGGUGCCUGUGUUUUUUGUUGUCCUGUAACACACCGUACACCUUAAGCUGUUAAAAUUAUUUGAAAAGGGAAAAGGAAUUUAUUUUACUCACC